AUGAUGAUGCUCUCUGUUGGACCAGCGUUGAAACCUGAUGCUAAAGGCUGGACCAUGCUGUACUACUCUACUCGACCUAGUUUGUCUUCAAUCGUUUCAUGUUUUUGGCAGAGAAGCACAAAAGAAAUUGGCUGCUUGAGUCAGACUCAAGCGAACCACGGCCCACGGCCUCCUGGAAGAUCAGGAUACCUGGAUACCAGUGACCUAGCUACCAGUGAUUUGGCCAUCUCCCCAUCAUCGUCCAAAGGAUGCUCUGAGAAACCAAUCGGUAUCGUAGCGUUCAUGGUUUUUGACCAUGGAAAAGUGCGUGUUCCAGAGGGCAUGACGGGCAUUUAG